UGAUGAGCUGUCCCGGCCAGACCCAACCUUCCUCCGUCCGUCUGGCAUUGGCACAGGAUUGGUGCCUGACGGUUAGAUGGUGUCCUCUCUCCAAUUCACUCCCUAGUUACCCGAAGGUGGAGCUUUCUGCCAGCCUAAACUUGGUGUCGCUUCCUCUCCGCUCGGAUCCCGCACGUGGCCGAGCCCAAGCCGGCCCGGCUGCAGGAGGAGGGGAAGGAGCGGGUCUUGGGUGUGCCAGGGAGGCUGGAAGGCAACCCGGCUGGCUGCAGCACCACCGGAGAGGCGACAAGACGGCUUAUUCGGGGCCCUUUUUCCGAAGCAUCGAAUGAGAAGGUCUCCGGCUAUCUUUGCCAUGUGAGGAGCCUGUGUUUUGUUUCUAAGUUCUCGAACAACAGCAACGUGGGAGUUCCCUGCCGGCCUGGGAAAAGACCACAAACAGGCAAGGAAAGGAAAUCUGAUCCCGGGUGACUCACAGGGAGGGAGAGCGGAGAGCAAGAAGGCGAAAGGAGGAAGAAGGCGAAAGGAAGGAUUGCUCGGAAGAAGCACCACCACCACUCCCCGAAGGAUUCCAGCUCUGAGGAAGGGGCAACUGAGCAGCCCUCCUGCUUGGCUUGGAGAGGACCCUCCAGACCGGCGGAGACCCUCGCUGGGGUCUCCAGACUUCGUCCCCGGUUGCAAAAGGGACUCCGUUGCGCCCGUGCCAGAUCGCCGUCCCCGAUGUGCCUGCCGGUGGGGAAGAAGCACGAUGCCGUGAUGGGCUCGGCCGCCGAAACCUGGCCGCUCUUGCCCUGGAAGCAGGAUCCCGGGCAGCGCUGGGGGCGGAGGCUGCUUUCCCGGUGGCGCCACACCCUGCCCUUGGUGGCCACCAUCCUGACGUGGCUGGCCACGGGCUCCACCAUGUCCAGCCUGAACAAGUGGAUUUUCGCCAUCCACAAUUUCCGCUACCCGGUCUUGCUGUCCUCCUUACACAUGCUGACGGCCGUAGUGGUGGGCAGGCCCCUCGCCAGGCUCCAGGCCGGAAGGUCGGGGCACCCAUCCCUCCAUCCCAAAACCCGGCUCCGGGUUUUCCUGCUGAGCUUGACCUUCUGCGCCAGCGUGGCUUUUGGGAACCUGGGGCUCAACCACGUCCAGCUGGACUUCGCCCAGAUGGUGUACACCACGACCCCACUCUUCACCCUGACCCUCUCGGAGCUGCUCCUGCGGAAGCGCCACCACCCCUUGCAGUACGUGGCCAUGGGCCCCAUUUGCCUGGGGGCCUCCCUCAGCUUCGUGGGGGAAGUGCACUUCGAUCAAGCCGGCUGCUGCUUCCUCUUCGCCGCCACUUUCCUGCGGGGCCUGAAGUCCAUUCAGCAAAGUACCCUCCUGCAGGAAGAACACCUGAACUCCUUGAGGCUCUUGUGCCUCACUUCACUGCCCAGCUUCUGCCUCCUCUUCGUGGCCGCGCUGGGCCUGGAGCUGGGCUGGGCCUGGGAGGGCCUGCUAGCCUACGAGGCCAGCCUCUGGACCUGCGUGCUGCUCAGCUGCCUGGGCUCGGUCCUUUACAACUUGGCCAGCUUCUGCAUCCUCUCGCUGACCUCCGCCCUGACCAUCCACGUCCUGGGGAACUUUAACGUGGUGGGCAACUUGCUUCUCUCCCAUUGGCUUUUCGGAAGCCACCUGACGUUGCUGAGCUACGCGGGCAUCGCCCUCACUCUGCUGGGUGUCCUCAUGUACCAUCACUCUGAAGGUCUCGCCGCUUGCUGGCGCUCGCGGGCGGGCCGAGCCAAAAAAGAGUAGGUGGGCGGGGAGGGGUGUGUGUGUGUGUGUCAGAAUCGUGUGUGGAACGGCGACCUUUCUGACGGUGAGCUCAUCCUCUCCUUCUGCUGGGCUACAGCAGGCCUUGGGAUCUCCCGUAAAUCCUAUUGGCGGUCAGGAUCGGCAAACAACAGCCUGCAUACGGGAAAACCCUCUUGCGGGUGGAGUAAAACCACUGCGGGCUGAAUAUGCACAACAAACAGAGCCAUGGAUUAUGACUUGGGAACCUCAAACGCGAAGUUGUGUCACCUCUUUGGAGUCCCAACUACCGGAUGGCUUCGCUUAAGCCAUCUAAAUUGGGCUAAAUCCGGUCCAAAAACUCUGAGAAGGAAGGUUUUUUUUUUCCCCGUCUCCAAACAGGUCCCUGUGUGGUUUUAAUGAUUUUAUAAUUCCGGGCAAGGAUGAUAGUAAACAGUUUUUACGAAAUACUUUUGCCUGCCCGGCGCAGGUGAGUGUGAGACGAAUUCUGAUUUCCCCCAAAAAAAGACGCCAGAAAGUUUUAACUUUAUGUUGUUGUUUGUUGUUGUUUUUCAAGUUAAGGAGAUUUCCAGGUUUGGAAUCUGGUCUUUGGAAAGAGAAUAAGUUAUUUUUUCAUUAAUAGUUGUGUUCGUCAGCCUUGGCAAACUUGAAGAUGGGCAGACUUCAACUCCCACAAUGCCCCAGUCAGCUUGGUUGGCUGGUUCAGGAAUUCUGGGAGUUGAAGUCCGCCCAUCUUCAAGUUACCAAGGUUAAGAAACACUGCUUCGUAAGAUGUCCUACAGAUGUAGUGCCUCUUCCGCAAGAUUUGUUUAUGGUUUAUUGUAUUUAUUUUUAUACUGCGGUAUUUCCCGGAGAUUCCUGGGGAUUUAACUGUAAUUUCAAAAACACAUCAAAACGACACAACUUGGGAUCUGCACAAGGUGGCAGGAUCAUUCUAAGCUAUCAUGUUGGAGAAAUGAUAGGCAGGAGGAAGGGGCUGCCAUUUUGAAGCGGAUGACCACUUUGGCUUUGAAGGGAGUUGAUGUGUCGGUCAGGCUGGGGAAGUAAGGCCAGGGGUCCCACUGACCUGUUAGAACAGGGGUCUCCAACCUUGGCAACUUUAAGACUUGUGGACUUCAACUCCCAGAGUUCUGGGAGUUGAAGUCCACAAGUCUUAAAGUUGCUGAAGUUGGAGACCCCUGUGUUAGAGUAAAGGAACGUGUGCACAGAAUUUCUCCAGUCCAAAUUAUAUCUGAGUAUUCUUAAUUUUGGUAGCACCUGUAGUCUGCUUGCAAAAAAGAGAUUCUUUGGGAGAUUCAUCAUCAUCUUCUUUUAACGGACCAAUAAUCCCUUGCAGGGUGGAGUCUGGGCAGCUGAGUGGAGCCGAGUGUUUUCCUGGCCGGAUGCCCUUCCCUGUUGCCAAUGCGGAGUUUUGUUCAGCAGAUAAUAUUCUCAUUGUGCCCAGAGAGAGAAAUAUCGGCCUCAACUUAGGAUCGAACUCACAGCCUUCCUGAUUGUGAGGCGACAGCUCCACCUCUAGGCCACCUCUUAAAUAAGGUCACCUUUGCACAAGUGAUUUCAUGACACACGUCGGUACCUCAACCCUACGGUCCUAUCAGGGUAUAUCGGUAACUCUACGUUAUUUUUCUGCAACUGCGCAGAAGACGAUCUCAGUUCAUCUGCUUUUCCCGCCUGGGGGGCGGGGGGUUGAUCGUACAGGAAUGUGGGGUGUUACUGUGUGGCCGUCAUAAUGGAAAUGUUGUGGCUGUGUAUCUUUCUGUACCCGGACUGGAUGUGUAGAGGACAUUAUGCUGUGGUUUGUUUAACUGUGAUCUACUGAAAAAGCCACCGGGCUGAGUUUGCACAGUAUAUGCCAGGGGUCGGCAACCUUAAACGCUCAAAUGAGCCAUUUGGACCUGUUUCCCAGGGGCCACAAACACCUGGGUGGGCGUGGCCAACUCGACGUCACUCCCUCCCACCCAGUCACAUGACACCCUCCCUAGCCACGCCUACCCAGCUGGUCAUUAGGGCAGAGAACUGGUUGUUAAAAAACACCGGGAACCACAAAAACCUUUCUCACAGGACCUCUCUCUCAAUCCCUCCCUCCCUCUCUCUCCCCCUCUCUCUGUAUCUUCUAUCUCUCUCUCUCUCUCCCCCUCUCUCUGUAUCUCACUGUCUCUGCCCUGACUGCUUCUCCAUCCCACCGCUGUUGCCCUUACCUUCUCAGGCCAGGCGAGGAGUGUGUGGGAGGGGAGGACGAGUGGCGGAGCCAGCCAGUGGUGGGAUCACCCGACAGGGAGCCACAGCAGAGGGCCCAAGAGCCGCGUGCGGCUCUGGAGCCGCAGGUUGCCGACACCUGGUAUUUGCUAAGCCAUAAGGCGCUGUUUAUAUAGAUCACAAGCCCACAUAAACCACAUCUGGGCUUAGCAUCAGCAUUAUCCUACAAUCUGCAUUGUUUGGUGCUAUAGACGAUUAGUUGUUAGACCACUGCUUGGAAGGACCAGGCAAAUAAAGCUAUUCUUCCCUGACUCCUUUAAAGAUUUUUUUUUAUCGUGGAUUGCAAGACAUACAGAUAACCACAGAUAGGCAGCAAGGAGAUACAAAAAAACAAAACAAAAACCCUUCUGCUACUUUGCUGCCAUCUAGUGGUAAUCUAGCAACUUGCAGGCCAGAAAAAGCUCGUCUCCACUUGUUCCUAAAGCACACACACACACAGGGCAUUCGAUUCCUGUAUUAAGAUCUUGGCUGCAUCAAACCACGUUUUUCGCAUUCUAGAUGAAACCGAUACUAACUGAUAACGGGUUGAGACGCUUAUUGAGAAGGUCCGCUCUCCCUAGGCUCCAGAGCCUUUCUAGGAGUCUGGGGAGGGCGAAAAACGGGCCUAACGGACCCACCAUACCAUCGCAUGCCAAAAGCGGGGGGGGAGCACGGGGUGGGUCGUGUGUGCAUGUGGGGAGGUGCAUAGAAUUAUGGGUGUAGGCACAUGAUCACGCAACCCAACCUUAAGAAUGUUAAGGCAUGCGGAUUUCAACUCUCAGAAUUCCCCAGCCAGCACAGCUGGCUGGGGGAAUUCUGGGAAUCGAAGUCCACACAUCUUAAAACGUUCCUGAGGUUGAGAAACACUGCAAUAGGUUCUUAGUUUAGAGGGGAAAAAAUGUUAUCGAAGCAGUCCACUGUUGAUAUGGUGGGUUCCUCCUUCGUACUUUUCUGAAUUAACCGCUAUUUGGCUGUCCUCCUAAUAGAACGGAGAGACACCCCCCCUAAAAAUUGUUACAUUUUAAAAAUUAUUUUAAAUUAUUUCUAAAUUAUUAAAAUCAUAGGGACGCUGAGCUUGCCGAUCAAAAGGUUGGCAGUUCAGCGGUUCGAAUCCCUAGUGCUGCCGCCUAAAGGGUUGAGCUCCCGUGACUUGUUCCAGCUUCUGCCAACUUAGCAGUUCGAAAGCACGUAAAAAAUGCAAGUAGAAAAAUAGGGACCACCUUUGGUGGGAAGGUCACAGCGGUCCGUGCGCCUUUGGUGGUUGAGUCAUGCCGGCCACAUGACCACGGAGACGUCUUCGGACAGCGCUGGCUCUUCGGCUUUGAAAUGGAGAGGAGCAUCGGCCCCUAGAGUCGGGAAUGACUAGCACACAUGUGCGAGAGAAACCUGUACCUUUUAAAAUUACGGCUUCCGGCUCAUAGACUCUUGUCAUCCCUGGGCUGGGACUUUUUCAGAAUCGUAUCUUCCUGUUUAGGGAUCCUUUGCUCCUUCUUUGAUACCCAGGCCUUGCAAUGGAACAGCGAUUAUGUUUUGCGACGUUUAUUAUCUUGGG